UAUCUAUCCAUCUUCAUCAUCGUCGUUCCAUCGAAGAAACGUUGUAAUUACUCGGGAAACUUCUCUCGCACCAUUUAAAAAUUAAAACUAUUUCCAUCCUCUUCCUCUACGUUCGACCGCGAAACAAUUCUGCAUCCAAAUUCCUCAAAACCCUAGAUUCCGAAACAAGGAGCAAGGUAUAAAAGCAGCAGCAGAAGGAGAAGGAGGAGGAGGAAGAUGAAGAGAGUCUUCGGCGUUAAGAAAGACAAAGAACCCCCACCUUCCGUCUCAGACGCCUCCGAUCGGAUCAAUAAAAGGGGUGAAACAGUUGAUGAGAAGAUCAAAAGGCUUGACAAUGAACUUGCUAGAUACAAAGACCAGAUUAAGAAAACUCGACCUGGUCCUGCUCAAGAAGCUGUCAAAGCCCGAGCUAUGAGGGUUCUCAAGCAAAAGAGAAUGUAUGAAGGACAACGUGAUAUGCUUUACAAUCAGACGUUCAAUCUAGAUCAAGUUUCAUUUGCUGCCGAGGGAAUUAAAGACGCUCAGCAAACAAUGUCAGCCUUGAAAUCAGCAAACAAAGAGUUGAAAGGCAUGAUGAAGACCGUGAAGAUUCAAGAUAUAGAUAACUUGCAAGAUGAGAUGAUGGAUCUGAUGGACGUGAGCCAUGAAAUCCAAGAGUCUCUUGGUAGAAGCUAUAGUGUUCCUGAUGACAUUGACGAGGAAGAACUCAUGGGCGAGCUUGACGCUUUGGAAGCUGACAUGGGCAUGGAGACUGAAGGUGAUGGUGUGCCAUCUUAUCUUCAAGCUGAUAAGGAGUCUGAUUUGGAUGCAGAACUCAACUUGCCUUCAGCACCAUCAGGGCAUGCAGUACCGGCUGGCAGAGCAAACACCCAGGCUGAGGAUGAACUGGGUUUACCCGCUGUUCCUCGGGCAUCUCUUCGUGGUUGAAUGGAGUGACUGGAUUGGCUAGAAGUUGCUGUAUAUCUUACCAGGCUACGGUAGGGGUACAGAUUGGUUUGGGGCGAGCCAUUGUGAACACGUUGUGUAAAGUUUCAUUUCGAUCUCUUGUAACAGUGGUUCUACAUUUGUGGAUGUUUUUGAAAUUCCUUUAAAAUAACUGGGCUGUAUUUAGUUAUUCUUCUUUGCUAUAUAAAGUUGGGGAUCAGCAAUUCACUCUGGUAA